AUGGGGUUGUUUGGGAGUAAAAAUCAGCUGAUGUCCAACGAGAAAUACACUUCUGGAAGUAAUCCAAAAUACAAAAAUAAAAUUCCCCCUGCACCACCCCAGGGCAGACAAGAUAUCAACAGCCCUCAUCUAAACCAAGCUUCUGUAAAAGAUGACUAUACUGUAAUUGCACUGUACGAUUUUGCUGCCUCAAGUGACCGUGACCUGGAGCUGGUCAAGGGGGAUAAACUCCAAGUCCUCUCUAAUGAGGGGGAUUGGUGGCUGGCAAAAUCCCUCAGCACCGGAAAGAAAGGCUAUAUCCCCAGUAACUUCGUUGCACAAGUGAACAGCUUGGAGGAGGAAAAGUGGUACUUUAAAACUCUGAGCAGAAAAGAUGCUGAACGACUGCUGUUGGCUCCUGGUAACAAAGUUGGCUCUUUUCUUGUCAGAGAGAGUGAAACCAGCAAAGGUGCCUAUUCUUUGUCUGUGAGAGACAGCAACUCUGCUCAAGGGGACAUCAUCAAACACUACAGGAUCCGCACCUUAGAUGGAGGGGGAUAUUACAUCUCCCCCAGGACUACUUUCUCCACCCUGCCACAGCUAAUCCAUCAUUACAGCCAGAAGGGGGAUGGCUUGUGUCAGAGGCUCACAGCUCCCUGCAUAUCUCUGGUUCCCCAGAGACCCUGGGCACAGGAUGAAUGGGAGAUCCCACGGGAGUCUCUGAAACUUGUGAAGAAACUUGGCUGUGGGCAGUUUGGGGAAGUGUGGAUGGGCUACUACAAGAACAACAUCAAGGUGGCUGUGAAGACCAUGAAGGAGGGCAGCAUGGAUCCUGAUGCCUUCUUGGCAGAGGCAAACUUGAUGAAGAGGCUCCAGCAUAACAAACUGGUCCAGCUGUAUGCUGUAGUCACCAAGCAGCCAAUCUACAUUGUCACAGAGUACAUGGCCAAUGGGUGUUUGCUGGAUUACUUGAAGACAGAAGAAGGAAGCCAACUGAGUCUCCCAAAACUUAUUGAUAUGUCUGCUCAGGUGGCAGAAGGAAUGGCAUACAUCGAGCGGAUGAACUCCAUCCACCGUGACCUAAGAGCCGCCAACAUCCUCGUCUCAGAGACGCUCUGCUGCAAAAUUGCUGAUUUUGGCCUGGCCCGGAUUGUCGAGAACGAAUAUUUGGCACAAGAAGGCGCCAAGUUCCCUAUUAAGUGGACAGCACCGGAGGCCAUUAACUUCGGAGUUUUCACUAUCAAAUCUGACGUGUGGUCUUUUGGGAUUCUUCUAACAGAAAUCAUAACCUAUGGCAGGAUCCCAUACCCAGGGAUGACGAACCCCGAGGUGAUUCGCAACCUGGAGCGUGGCUACCGCAUGCCUUGCCCAGACAUGUGCCCUGGCGAACUCUACAACAUCAUCCUGAAAUGCUGGCGAAACAGACCUGAGGAGCGCCCCACCUUCGAAUACCUGCAGUCGGUCCUUGAAGACUUUUACACUGCCACGGAGAAGCAGUAUGAGCCAGAGCCUCAGCAGUAAUCAAGGUCCCACCAGUGCCUGGGGAGCAAG